AGCUAAAGAAAUGGAAUUAGUUGUGUUUCAUCGAUUUGAGAAUAUUGCGAAUGAAGGUAUGAUUAUUUAUUUUUUCUUUGCUUCUUCAGUGAAAAAUAAAGAUAUCUAUGUGCUUUUUUGACAUUACUACAGAAACUAACGAAGUCAUGCAUUUAAUUAUAUACACCCAGAUUUUGUUAGAACAGUUCUUGGGUUUUAAAAGUUCAUUGUUGUGAAUUUACAGUAUGAUAGAUAUUGUAUCCAUCACAUAUAAGCGAUUGUUUUUGUUAAACUAGUAGUAAUAAUAAUAAGAGAUAUCGUAUAAUAUCGACGUCGAAGCUGUUUGCAAAAUGGAAAUUUCAAAUGAAUGUUGGAAUAGUAUAGUCGCUGUAUCCUGUUUUUUGAAACAGUAUACACAUAUUUUAAACGAGGUAGAUCUUUGUAGAUAAUGGGUUUUGCUGUUCAGUUAGAUAAGUAUUUCUUGGAAUAAGAAGAUUAGUUGAAAAUAUGGCGAAAAAUAACGUCUUUUUUAUAUUAGAACAUCAAAUUCCAUCUUUCUAUUAGAUAUUAGUUGUAUUCUUCAUCUCCUCACAGUCAAGUAGUUUCAUAGUUAAAUAAAAAAUUAAAAAACAAUCUAGCACAGAAAAAUAAUAUAAGAUUUUUGAUAGAGGUAUUAUAUGGUGAAAUCGACUAAAACAAGCUUUUUGCACAUAGCUGUGGUUUUUCCUGUUUCUAACAAACUUUGAUAUUUCUAGUUUAUUUUGAAUAAACAUGCAAAUUCAUAACAUCACUCUAACAGUUUAACGCUUUUCUUUGAAGUUUUCACCUUUACUUUUAGUUGAUUCUUACAAAUCGGAUUUUUUCACCAGUGGUUACUACAAAGAAUAUGCUGUUAAAUGAAAAGAUAGAACUGGAACAAUUUUAGUUUGUUUUGAGUAUUUCUUUAUUUAAAAGAAAUAAUGUAAAAGAAUACAUGCACACACACAGAGAUAGAUAUACCAGAGAGAUACACACCGUGUAUCACAACACAUAUUUAUUUCACUUCAAUACAAAUAAAGAUAGUAGAGAGGAGAAGAAAGAAGUCGAAGCCCGUGAUGUGAUACCCAGUGAUUGGGCGAGUACAAGUGUAAAUACUGUGUACUUCAUGAGUUUACUUAUUACUGAAACAUAUACAUAAUGACUGUAUUAUAUUGUAUUGAGUACUAGUACUAAGUACAACUGUGCUACAGUAAAUUGUGCCGAGUACCGGUACUACAGUGCAGAUGUACUUAAUAUUUUGCAAUAAUACUAUAUUUUGCUUCUAUAGGGAUUCUGUCUGGUCAUAUUUAAAAACUUCAUACUUCAGUGACAUUUGUAGGAAUAACGAAAAUUGAAUGUAUUAUCAAUAUAGUUCAAAUACAGUAUAGAUCUACGUUAGAUAAUUCGAAUCAUGUCGAGUAAUAAUCUGUGUUCAUAAAUAAGAAAAAUAAUCAUAAUGAGGCUGAGUAAAAGGUUUAUUGACGGGACACAGCAGUGUGUGUCCAUUUCUAGAGUGUUAUAUUAAGACGUAUCAUCAAUAGCUUAUAUUCAAAAUUUAAUUCAUUUGUACAUAUAGCGAUGUUUCAUUCGAAUUAAUGCCAGAAAUGACUACUGAACAAUUGAAAAUACAUUUCGAUUUUCCUGAAAUUGAUAAUAAUUGAAUCAAUGGAUAUCAAAAUUUAUAUCGCCGGAAUCAUAACGGCAGAACGAAGAUCUUUAGUAAUUUUACAAAACAACAAAAUAAUAUUAUGUAUAGUUAUUCUCUGACAUGCGUUAAAAAUAAUAUACGCCACUCUCAUUCGUGGUUCAGUUGGAAAGAACGAUUUUAUUGAACAAGUUUUUAAUUAUUUACUAAUACCUAGAAUUUAAAAAGACUCCUGAAAUGUAUGACUAACAUACAACAUAUAUGAAAACAUUCAGAGAAGAAGUUUAUUGAAUUAUACAGGAUCUUAUCAAGUACAUAUGCACUAAAGUAUUAGUACUUAGUACGACUAUACUAAAGUAAAAAGUACGAAAGUCCUAAUAUUAAAUAAACUAGUCUGGUACAUAGUGUAUGUACUUGUACUACAUAAAUGUACUGAGUACUGUAGAUUUUUAAGUAAAACGUACGAAAAUACUUAAGUACUGUAUUAAGUAUCCAAUCACUGGUGAUACUUUUACACCACCGCUUACAAAAGGAUAAACACAGAAUUUCUGAAAAUAGUGCAUGAAUACUUCAUACCAUAAACAACACCUUCCACAAAUGGAUCAUUUAAAAAGUUUGUCUUUCUGUUAGAAAAACAAGUUCAUAUUUUGGCAUUAGUAUUGAAUUUGUAGUAGCAUAAUACAAAUCUUGAUAAAUCUCAUGGAACAUACGUUUCCGUUCAGUUUCACUCUAGCCUUGUAAAUAUUCAUCAGUUCUGCACUCUUCUCAGAAUCAUCAACAAUCAUUGUUAGCGUCUGUGUGAUUCACUCGACGCUAAUCUAGAGAUUAAGUUGGUCCUUUCAACCUAAUUGGUCUAGGAUAACUGCCCGGAUAGCAGGAGGUGUGGGUUCGAAUCCCAUGAAGGUCACUUUUUCUCCAUUUUCUCUUUCUUUCAUUUUCUUUCUCUGAUGUCCCUUUCAUGACUCUAAUACGAUCCUAAUAAUCAUGUUCUACUGAAAUAAAUUCAACAUUAAUACCAAAAUCUUGAAGUACUUUCUAAUAUUAAUAAAGAAAUAUUAAAAUCAGUUUCAGUUAAUGCAAUCUUCAUACUAACUCAACAUCCUCAAUCAAUUUUCUUGUUAGUUAAAAAACCAAUCACACGAAAAGUGUGUAAAGUAUCGAUAUCAGAUAUCAUUUGACCACUACUCUCUCGAAUUAUAAUCUAAAAAUCCUCUAUCAUUCUAGCACCAGCAUCAUUUGCACAAGCUCUACUAUGGCAUAACGAAUCUUUUCAUUUCACUCCUCACUUAUUUCAAGUACCAGUCUACAACAUGCCUUUUGUUUAUUCUCUCCACUCACAUCAUACUUUAUCAGUACAACAUCUUCGUUAUGCUCUCGAACUAAUCGUUACAAAACAUGAAUCUCUUCGAACAUCACUCAUCUUUGAUACACACAACAAUCGACUCAUGCAACAAUUCACUGACUUCAACCAAAGUCAAAAUACAUUAUUUUCAUUUAUUGAAAGCACUUACACAACACAUGAACAACUCAAUCAUAUCCUACACGAAGAAAAAUAUAAUCCUCAUCUUCUAAAUCUUGCUCAAGGUCUUGUCUUUCGAUGUAAUCUUGUGUAUUAUAACCAAGUCUCUUCGAAUGAUCAUCUUUCGGAUAAAGAUGUACUUAUCUUCAACUUUCACCAUGCUCAAUUUGAUUUUCCAUCAAUGGAAAUGUUUCUUCAUGAUCUCAAUCAAGCAUAUACAACAAGUCAUUUAUUAUACGAUGACAACACUCUUCUACGUUAUCUCGAUUGUAAAUACAAAUAG